AUGACGUUUGUUUUGGGAAUUCAUCCUAAUGCACUGGCAUAUUCCAUGACGACGUUAGGUGCUGGAAUGAUGAACAGUAUCUUUAAUUUCUACUACGUAAAGGUUUUCCUAAACCGAUACAAAAUUUCAGAAGUAGCAUUUCAUCAAGCCCAGGUUGUAUUCAUGAUAUGGAAUGCCAUUAAUGAUCCUCUUUUUGGGUAUAUUCAAGAUAACUCCAAAUUCGCAUGCUGCUCAAGACGUCAGUUUUCAAUUUUAUACGGAGCUCCUUUAUAUGCAUUAGCCUUUUUGCUUCCUUGGUUUCCUUGGAAACAUUAUGAAGAAGGUGACUGGCUAAGUGGUCUUCACCUCAUUGUUGCGUUAUGUGCUUUUGAUGGUUUGCUUACAUUUGUGCUUCUAGCGCAGUGUGCGCUCUUCACAGAAAUUUCAACGAGACAUGAAAGUCGGCUUCAGCUUAUUAAAUAUAAUCAAGUAGCAACACUAAUUGGAUCUACAAGCAUUCUCUUUUGUGGCCUUGUAUCAGAUAACAUGGAAAAUUUUGCCUGUUUUCAGGCUUUUGCUGUUUUGGUUGCAGCACUAGCAGCAGCUUGCAUGUGUUACACAGGCAAAUACAGUACUAGUCAGUAUGAACAGAGAGAAGUUUGUACAGCAAAUACUGAUCUGGAAAACAGUGAUGAAACUCUCUCCUGGUCCUCUGUAAUUUCAUUGACCAAACAGAUAAUGACAGAGAAAAACUUUCUUUUUUUCGUGAUGAUGAACUUCUUCCAAGUCUUCCACCUAGCCUUCUGCAACAAUUUUAUGAUGAUCUUUGCGGAUAAUCUUAUUCCUAAGGAUGUCCUUUCCUCCUCAGUAAGAAGUAUCAUGUAUGGAGCAGGCUUUAUCUGUCCUCAGUGCCUUGUUCUUCUUUGUCAUGCUUCGCUGAAGAAACUUGGUUAUUACAGAAUCAUCCUGUUUUCCUUUUACUUUGAAGGAGUAUCUGCUGCUGUCAUGUUUGUUCUAGGGCCAGAACACUAUUAUCUGUUGGCAUUUUAUCUCACAACAAACAUGGUAAUUGUACAAGCUUCAUUUAGUUUGUUCAAUUUGCCUUUGGCAGACAUUGUUGAUGCUGAUUUAAUAAAGCACAAGCGGAGAUCACCACUUUCCUCUAUGGUCUUUGGUACCAAUGCUUUAUUUACCAAGCCUGCCCAAUCUUUGGCUCCAAUGCUUGUGGUUACAAUACUAAAACAAUUUGGAUAUGAGAACCUGAAUAAUGAAGUUGCUCAACCUGAUCCAAGGUGAGUUCAAAAGGGAUACUUUAAAUCAUAGAAAUUAACAUGAAAUAAUCCUGUCAUGUAAAAAGGAAAUUAAUCUGCAAUUAGUUUGCAUAAACUGUGCUUCAAAAAUAUGAGUUCUUUAAAAAUAUUUUCCAGUUGUUUUUUAUCUGCAUAGUAAUAGAAAUGUUUUCUAGAUUUAU